CGGGAUUAUACGGAAUGUGGGUGUGAGAACGCACGGACGUCAACACGGCGGGGACCUGCGUGUGCACCGGGUACGGGGAGCUGAUGUGGCACUUUGUGCUGUGUGCUGACUGUAAACUUGACCCAGAAUCGAUGCUGGAUUGUUUUGGGGAGUCUGGUGAAUAGAACGAUCAACAUGUUACUGCAGAGGCUGUCCCUGUGCUCCCGGCUCUCUGUGGGUCCAAAAACCACCCGGAACUUCACAAGAGCUGUAUCUUCAGGAAAAAUGCCGCUGGCUCGUGCCCAUGGUAAGUCGUUUGCACACCGUGGCGAAUUGCGACAGGCCAAACGGAUCGUGGUGAAACUCGGCAGCGCUGUCGUAACUCGUGGCGAUGAAUGCGGCCUUGCACUCGGAAGGCUUGCCUCUAUUGUAGAACAGGUGGCAGUGCUUCAAAACCAGGGCAGAGAAAUGAUGAUUGUCACCAGUGGAGCUGUAGCCUUUGGGAAACAGAGACUGAGGCAUGAGAUUCUUCUCUCUCAGAGCGUCAGACAAGCUCUUCAUUCAGGACAGAAUCAGCUUAAAGAUAUGGCUCUGCCUGUGCUGGAGGCAAGGGCAUGUGCUGCUGCAGGACAGAGUGGACUGAUGGCACUGUAUGAGGCUAUGUUCACUCAGUACAGCACCUGCACAGCACAGAUCUUAGUCACAAACUUGGACUUUCAUGAUGACCAGAAGAGACGAAAUCUGAACAGCACACUGCACGAGCUUCUACGUAUGAACAUCGUGCCCAUAAUCAACACUAAUGAUGCAGUGGUGCCUCCCCCAGAGCCUAACAGUGACCUGCAGGGGGUAAAUGUGAUCAGCAUCAAGGACAAUGACAGUCUGGCAGCACGGCUUGCAGUGGAGAUGAGAGCAGAUCUCCUAAUUGCGCUCUCUGAUGUACAAGGUCUUUAUGACAGCCCUCCUGGAUCUGAUGAUGCUAAAUUAAUUGACACUUUCUACCCUGGGGACCAGCAGUCUAUAACCUAUGGUACCAAAUCCAGGGUUGGCAUCGGAGGAAUGGAAGCUAAGGUGAAAGCUGCUCUAUGGGCUCUCCAGGGGGGCACUUCUGUAGUCAUUGCUAACGGCACUCACCCUAAAGUCACAGGCCAUGUGAUUACAGACAUUGUAGAGGGCAAAAAAGUGGGCACCUUCUUUUCUGAAGUCAAGCCUGCUGGGCCUACAGUGGAGCAGCAGACAGAAAUGGCUCGUUCUGCAGGGAGGACGCUGGCGUCCCUUCUUCCAGAACAGAGGAGUGAGAUCAUUUAUGCCAUGGCUGACCUUCUGACUGAGAAGAGAGAUGAAAUUUUGUCAGCUAAUAAAAAGGAUAUGGAAAUUGCGAUGAAUUCAGGCCGAAUGCCUCCUGCCAUGAUCAAGCGGCUGAGUUUGUCAACGUCUAAGCUGAGCAGUCUAGCCAUCGGCCUGCGCCAGAUCGCAGUGUCCUCUCAGGACAGUGUGGGACAAGUACUGCGCAGAACUCGUUUGGCCAACAACCUUGAGCUGGAGCAGAUCACUGUGCCCAUUGGUGUACUACUUGUCAUCUUUGAAUCGCGGCCAGACUGCCUGCCUCAGGUGUCUGCCUUAGCUAUUGCCAGCGGAAAUGCUUUACUGCUGAAGGGAGGAAAAGAGGCAGCAAAUACCAACCGUGUUUUACAUGAGCUAGCGCAGGAGGCUUUAUCCCUACAUGCUGUCAAAGAUGCAAUUCAACUGGUAAGCACACGUGAGGAAGUGGAAGACUUGUGUCGGCUGGAGAAGAUGAUCGAUCUAAUAAUUCCUCGCGGUUCGUCUCAGCUGGUCAGAGAUAUCCAGCGAGCUGCUAAAGGCAUUCCUGUUCUGGGUCACAGUGAGGGCAUCUGCCAUGUGUAUGUCGACCAUGAGGCCAGCAUUGAUAAAGUCAUACAAAUCGUCAGAGAUUCAAAAUGUGAUUACCCUGCAGCCUGCAAUGCUAUGGAAACGUUGCUAGUUCACAGAGAUGUGCUUCGGACCCCAUUGUUUGAUCAGAUCAUUGACUUGCUGAGAACAGAACAGGUGAAGAUACAUGCUGGCCCUAAAUUUGCAUCAUACCUGACCUUCAGCCCAUCUGAGGUAAAGUCACUGCGUACCGAGUAUGGAGACCUGGAGUGCUGCAUAGAGGUUGUAGACAGCAUGUAUGAGGCAGUGGAUCACAUUCAUAAAUAUGGCAGCUCCCACACAGAUGUGAUCAUCACUGAGAAUGAGGAGACAGCAGAGCAGUUCUUGCAGUUGGUGGACAGUGCAUGCGUGUUUUGGAAUGCCAGUUCACGGUUUGCUGACGGAUAUCGCUUUGGUCUUGGUGCAGAGGUUGGGAUCAGCACUGCUCGUAUUCAUGCUCGUGGACCCGUAGGCCUGGAGGGGCUUCUCACCACUAAAUGGGUUCUUCGUGGUGAUGGGCACACAGCUGCUGACUUUUCUGAGCAAGGCAGUAUGAAGUUCUUGCAUGAGAAUCUGCCUGUUGCACAGCCAAAAACAGGACAUAGAUCCUCCAGCUAGAGCCAAUUGCAAAUAAAUCACUUUUUUUUAAAUACGCAGCAUUUAUCCUAUCUGAUUUCUGGGAAUUUAUAAUCUGGAAAUAUUGCAAGAAAUAAAGAAUUGGAAGAUUUAAAAGCCAAUAUUUUAAUAUUUGAACAAUUAUUGUAAUAUUCCAGUCCUGUUGAAUUUCCUUCUACUCAAAAUGUUUGGUUGACUUUUCAAAAAUCUUAGUUAUGUUAACUUUCAUUUGGAUUCUGUGGGAAACAUAUUGAAAGCAUUAAGAGUACAAGACUGUUACUUAGCAGACAAAAUUGUCUUUAGCUACAGGUGGGUAACAAAUGUAAAGGAAAUAAAACACCAGUUGUUUUGCUGGCAAGUUCUUCUUAUGGCUUACUUUUAUCCUAUAAUGAGACGUCUAUUUUGAUGAGUUGUCUUUUUCAUGAUGAUGGUGUCCCAAUUUCCAGGGCAUGAGGGCUCACUGAAUGACUCAAAUAUAAAAAGUGUGCAAGUCAUAUUUUUAGUGACUCCAGUUAUACAAUUUCAACCCAGCUAAUCACAUAAUGGUGGUAGAGCACAGUGUUAACAUGUUCGUCCAGAAUCACGGUUUGAGGUCAUAUAUUUUAGCGAGACAGUGCUCGUUACUUUAGUGCAGUACAGAAAGCAGAGACUUUGACAAGUGCAUUGAAAGCGUACUGGUGGUUAAUUGUCUUCACACCCUUAUGUUUUGGCCUUCACUUUAUCAUUUAUCUGAUGCUUAUGAGAUUUAGCCUCCUGGCUGAGAGAGGUAGAAAUUUCUGUAUUUAUCUACAAGACAAUUAUCUGAAGCAGAAUCAAAUUUUUUCCAUGUAUGCAAAGAAUAGUAGCCUGUGAAUCUCUGAUUUGCAACCAAACAAUUAUGACUGUGGCUGUUCUGUACUAUGGGAUGUCAUCCUGUGAUUGUUUUUGCUUUGUUCUGAAAUCCAAAAUGUUUUUAUAGCACUGCCUUGAGUUACUGUUUCAUGUUAGAAUGAUUGGACAAACUCUAAAGGAUGUUUCUUUUCUUUUUAAAACCCAAUUGCAUUAGUUUACAUGAGAGGUUUUGGGGUAUUUUGGUGGUGUUUUUGUUUGUUUGUUUGUUUGUUUGUUUGUUUUUUAAUGUAAACGUUGCUCUGUUUCUCCCCUUAUGAUGAUUAAUGGUUAAAAUAAAACUUUUUGUUUUAAAGUGGGCUUUAAAACAAACUCUAGACUCCAACUGAAAGUGAAGAAUAAAAGAUUGACUUAGCAGUGA